UUUUUAGCCAAUAAUUUUCAAGAAAACGUACAGUCAGUCAAGCUUCCUUCUUUCUAACGCCAUUUUUUUCUGAACAGAACAUGGCUGAUAACCCCGGCACUACUCAAUUUGACGGAACAAGUGCCUUUGCUUCGGCUGUAGCUCGUGCAAGACAGAUAGCAGCCAAGAUCACUCCAGGAGCAGGGGACGCACAACAGCAAGGUACCAAGAGACCUUUGGAUGAUGGCGCCUCCUUUGGUGAGCCAGAAACAAAGAAAAUAGCUGGUGAUUCUUCAAUAGGUGCACAGUUAAGAGCUAUAGCUGAUAAUCAAGGCUAUACACCUGGAUCAGAAGCUGCUAGAGACGCUGCUCGGGCUGCUCAGGAAGCUGCUGCUAGAAUAAAUCGACAGUUAGGUAUUCAGCAAGACCCAAAUAUGCAACCUCAGAAACCAGGACCCCAUGCUGGUCUGGGAAUGGUGACUACAGAAGAGCAUAGGGUACCAGACAAGAUGGUUGGCUUAAUUAUUGGUAAGGGUGGUGAACAGAUUACACGUUUGCAAGCUGACACAGGUUGUAAAGUGCAGAUAGCUGCUGAUAGCGGAGGAUUGCCGGAUAGGCCAUGCACAUUGACAGGUUCACCUACUGCUAUUAUGAUGUGUAAACAAGCAAUGCAACAGAUCAUAGAGAGAGGAUUGGGAGGUGGAGGUGGUGGUGGUGGUCCUCAUAUGGGUGGAAUGGAUGGCAUGGGAGAAGGUGGCACUGUAGUAGAGAUGAAUAUCCCAGGCUCAAAAGUUGGUCUCAUUAUUGGAAAAGGUGGUGAAACCAUUAGACAGCUUCAGGAACGUGCAGGUGUUAAAAUGGUUAUGAUCCAAGAUAGCAACGCUCCAUCUGCUCAGGAUAAACCUUUACGCAUUAGCGGUGAGCCGAGCAAGUGUCAAAGAGCCAAAGAAAUGGUGCUCGAUCUUCUGGCUGAAAAGGAUGGCAUUCCUCGUCCUGGUGGUGGUAAUUACAAUGAGUUUGGUUCACCCAUGGGACAUAUGGGUCAUGGUGGUGGCGGCGGAGGUGGUCCCAAUGGAAUGGACAUAGGUGUGCCUCGACAAGGUGUUGGGCUAGUGAUUGGUAAAGGUGGAGAUAUGAUUAAGAAGAUUCAAGCAGAAACUGGAGCCAAAGUUCAAUUUAAACAAGAUGAUGGCCAGAGCCAAGAUAGGAUUUGUUCAGUGACAGGUCCACCAGAUAAAGUAAAUCAGGCAGUAAGGAUGAUUCAAGAUUUAUUAGCCAAAGCUAAUAUAAUGGGGGGACAACCUAUUCAUAAUAAUUUUGGUCCAAUGGGACCAGGUCCAGGCAAUGACAUGGGUAGAGGUGGCCCUGGCAAUGGGCCUUUUUCACCACCAGGCCCUAGAGGAGGAAUGGGGGGAAGGUUUGAUCCAAAUUUCCAAGACCAUACCUCAUUUAGUGUUCCAGCUGAUAAAUGUGGACUUGUUAUAGGCAAAGGUGGUGAAACUAUUAGGGAAAUAAACAGGCAAUCUGGUGCACAUGUGGAGUUAGAUCGGAAUCCGCCACCUAACAUGAAUGAGAAGCUGUUCAAUAUUCGUGGAAAUCCUAAUCAAAUUCAGCAUGCCAUUCAGCUUAUUCAGGAGAAAACUGGGCAGCAGGGUGGGCCCAAUGAUCAGGUGGGUUGGGCUGAGUCCUUUUAUCCUAAAGGUCAUGGACCUGGAGGUGGACCAGGAGGCAUGAUGGGAGGUCCAGGAGGACCUAGUGGUCCCCCAGGAGGACCAGGACCACAGGGGGGACCAGGUGGACCAGGCCCACAGGGUCCAGGUGGAUAUGAUCAGUUUGGCGGACAGUUUGGCCAACCAAGUCAACCACCUCAGCAACAAUAUGGAGGUGCCCCACAAGGAUGGAAUGCCUAUGGAAAUCAAUAUCCUCAACAGCAGAAUAUGCCAAAUAAACAGCCUAAUGAUGCAAAUGCUGCUGCCUGGGCAGCUUACUAUUACGCAACAUAUGGACAGCAAGCGGCACAACAGCCAGCAGCUCCACAGCAGUCUGCAGCACCUCAACAACAACCAAUGCAGCAGCAGCAACCAGCACAGACAUCGUAUGCUCAACCCAGUGAGUUGAGAGUCAAUCACACUAUCAACCCUCAGACUGGUCAACCAGAUUAUAGCCAGGCAUGGAUAGAAUACUACAGGUCUCAAGGCAUGAUUCACGAAGCCCAGAUGGUGCUACAGCAGGUCGCUGCAAACCAAGCAGCAACACAAGGUGGACAGCCUGGUCAAUAGAAAAUAUUAUUUUAAACAGAUAGUUUUAGUUCACCUAGAAUCAGCCUGUUUAGCAAGUAGGACACAUUGAGAACAUCAUUUCUAGCUUUGUGGCUUGUAAAGUGGACUUCCUGCACUUUGACUGAUGGGCUUGUAGGAUAGUUUUAGUUUUAUAAUUUUUUUUUUGGAUGUUGACCUUGGAGAAAAAUUGUCCUCAAUUUUUUAUUUUAUUUUAAUGGGAACAUCCUUUUUUUUUUCUUUUCCUAUACUUUAAGACUUGUGCAUUUUGUGUUGUAUUUGCUGGUGUUUGCAAUAUUUAAUCGUUAAUAUACAUUAUAUAUUACAUUCAUUUUGGUGAUGAUUAAAUAUCUGUAAUAUUUUUUGUUUAAUUGUAUAGUAAUGCCAUUAUUAAAUCACUCUGGAGUAAAUGUCACAUAGUAUUUUUAUUUUGGAAUGUGCUCCUCUUAUAUUUUAUCUGCAUUGACAUUGAAAUGUUUGAACAAGUUAAACUAUAAUUGCUCUAAAAUUUCAGAAUGAUAAUGAAAUAAAUGCCAGUAUUUUUGUUUUGACUACUAAUGUUCUAUUUUAAUGUUCUUACGGGUGACACAUAAUUUAUGACUUUCAUGCAGAUUUAAUUUUUAUCUAAUGCCCUUUUCAUUAAGACAAGUUUGAUUUGAAAUUUAAAACAAAAAGUAGAAAUCAUGCAUUAUUUUGCUGUUUUGAAUAGAACAAUUAUUGUGCUUCAAUAUUGGUAUUUUUUUUUAUUUUGAACUUUGUACCAACUAGUAAGAUCAGAGUUGAUUUAAGAAUGGCAGCUGUAUAGUUUUUACAUUUGAUUUUAUCUAAUCAAGCUUUGCCCCAUAUCUAACUGGUGUCAUUUCAUUGAUGUUGCAUUGUGCUUGGGUAGAACCUUCAGAUAUCCAGUAAUAGUUUUCAAGUUAUGAAGCGAUUCCCCCAAAAAAUGCAUUAUUUAUUUGAUCUUUCCAAAAAGAACUCCAAAGAUCACAAUUAGAUUGGAUCUCUCAAGGUGCUCUCUAGGCACAGUGUAUAUCUUUGAACUUAAUUGAAAUGUCCCCGUGAACUAAGGGACAAAGAAUUGUGCUUCAGCACCCAGACGUAAAUGCACCACAUUCCGAAAUUCACUUGUGGGAUGUGCACUUUUCAACAAUUAGACUAGAAUUUUUAACUAACUAGCAGAGAAGUGUUUUACUCUUUGGUGUGGUAUUGGUUUUACUGAUGUAUCAAGAAACAGAUUGUGGUAAUGGCUUAGAACAGAUUUGUAAUUAGCUUUGUAAUGUCUUGUAUACACUUUUAUAAUCACUUGGCAUGGAUUUUGUCUUUUCUUGUUAUCUUGUUGGUAUUGUCUUGAUGAUCUAUUCACCCUUCUCCCUCAAAGGUUGCUGAAUCAACUGUGAGUGUGUCAUGAAAAUCAGUUUGUUUGAAUGAAUGAAGUGUGUAUGUGGUUAGAAAUUUAUCCUAUUAAGAAAAAUAUUAGUUUUAUUUCUGCUUUCAUUUUUAUACUUUUUUUAAACAAAUAUUUGGUCAUUUAUUAAUAAAUAAAAAUGAUUAUUGCUAUUGAUAUUACCAAUGAAUUUUCCAAUAACUUUUUAUUUACUGUUUUUGUUUAAAAUGCAAAAUUAAAAAUGUUAGAGAUAAAUAUUCUACUAGCUAAUGUUUCGAUGCUUGUAUUUUGUACAUAAGGAAAAGUCUUUCCCUCCAAUUAUAAUAGAUAAUGUAUGCUAAUGUUCAUACCAUUUCACAAGUACAAUCUUGUUUCCAUAGAAUUAUUAUUUUUAGUGAUGGCAAAAUGAAACACUACAGUAUUACAUACAUGAUCAUGAUUUCAAAUGCCUUUUAACUUGUUGACGAUGAUGAUGAUCUGAAUUUUUAUGACGCUCAUUUUGUUUUCAAUUUUUUAACUUAAAAUUUAAAAUGAAAACUAGUAGAACAUAUCGUUUUAAUUUUUUUUGUUUUGUCUAUCUGCAAAUAGGAUGUCUAUAAUUGAUGUAAUUGCAUAAAAUUAAUUGCAUGAUACAAAUUAGAUGCCAAAGUUAUAUAUUUUGUUUAAAACAAUGAUGCUCCAUUUUUUUUUUGCUUAAUUUUAAAAUUAAAUAAGAUAUGCCAUGCAUAUUUUGCUGCCUGAAUUUUCAUGUCAAAAUAAUUGAAAUUGGGUAGACUUUUAUAUAGUAUGUUUAUCUGAUGAAGUGGAAACUCAUGUCCUUACUAAUGUUAUUUUGAAUCAUUGCUUUCUGUUGUAUAUUAACUUGUGUUAUGUUUCUUUCAAUGAUUUGAUAACAUCACUAGUUACCAUUUUUUUGUUUUUCAUGUCUUUGUCUUUUAAACAAGUUAUUGGUGAGAUUCUAAAUGCAUGUUCUCUGUAAACUAUGACCUCUCUUUUGUUUUAAGAGGACUAUCAUUUGAUAUACUUAGUAUAAUAAGCAGUUAUUUGUAAGAUUAUAUUGAGUGAAUACAAAUUUCAAGACCUUUGAUAAAUGCAAAAGGUUUUAAACAUUGUUAUGGCUGAAGCUAGUCAAGUAUAUAGUUACCAUCCAUUCCUUAAAAAGAACAAUUUUACUAUUAUCAACUGUUGUUUUGUGAUUUUUCUGUUCUAAAAAUAGUUAUGUCAUUGAUAAACAGGCUUCCUUCUGAGAUGCUUAGGUACAACAUUAUGUUCAAUUGAUGCAUUUGGCAUGGUAUAAUGAUAUUUGCACUAUUCUUUGUGCCAUUUUGCAAAAUUCAAAUUGGAAGCAUUCCUUGUUAAUUUUUCAUACUGUAGUUAUUUUUAUUUAUUGACAUGCUUACUAUGAAUAUUGUGUUGUAUUCUCCAACAAAUGUCUCAAGUUCUUUUAACUAUUGAACAUGAAAGUAAUUGCUUCUAUUAUGGUUUCUAGUAAUGUUACAUUUUUUUUAACAUGCAAGAUGUUAAAGAGCUGUGAUCAUAUUGUUAACUGCGAACAUGUAGUUUGUUUAUUUUCUUGAUUGGUUUUCCCAACAUUUUAAUGGUUAGUGUACUUGGUACUAUGUCCUAACUGCACAAAGCCUUGUUUUUUCUCCCCCCUCCCCAUAUUCUAAUGAUGCUUUAUUAUACUUGUGUAACGGUCUGUCAUCAUGGACUUCAUCAAUGUAGCUACCCUUGUGUGAACUAAUAUAUAUAGAAUUCAGUUAAAAAUAACAUGGCAUAAAUCUUAUGUAAUACUCAUAACUGCAUAUUGGAUAUCUUGACGUUUUCUGAAUUAAAAAAAAGUUAAUUUACUUGUUUAUGGAUUCAACAUGACAUUAGUAAUAAAACAAACUAUUGUAUUAUGUGCUUCCUAAGUUGUGCUAUUAAGCUGUUUCAAAUGUUAGUUUUAGAAGUUGACCAUGCAGUCUUUUAAUGUUAUUCCAGUUGGUCAUGUUUCUCUCUAACUUGCUCAUGAAAAAUGUUAUUUGCACUUGACUCACUAGUAUAUUGCCAUUUCCUUUGCUUAAUCUUUUCUUACAUUAGGGUCAAGAAACUUGCAAGCCCAGACCCUACAUGGCCAUCACUGUAAUACACACACACACAAAUGCUAUCAAUACAAAUAUGAACUUUGUACACUUGUUACUGUAUAGUUCAACAUGUUUGUCAUUUUUUUUUUUAUUUAAUAUUGAGAUGUUUUUAUUCUUUUUAAUUUUUCAAUCAAAAUUUUUGUAAGGAGCAUCAUUUGUACUAAAGUAUCAUAACUUCUGAGACUUGAUCAUUUGACUAGAGAAUGUUGUGCUGGGAUUAGGCAGAUAUUUAUUUUUAUAUUUUGCAUUUUUUUAAUUCAAUAAAGCAGUAGAGUGAAUGUUUUCAUACAUGUGUUUGGCUGAAACUUUUUGUUUACAUUUUUUUUUUGCUAGUGCUAGUUUCAAAUGAAAGAUUGAGCAACUAAAAUGUUUGUAUGUUUUGUUGAAGAUACAUCUUGUUGAAUUUAGCAACCAUAUUCUAUAGACCAGUUAGUAGGAAAGUCCUACUCUUUGUGUGGUCAUUUAUUUCAUGGAGUGAAGUUUCCUUAAUUGUUGUGUAUAUAGCUUUUACUACUAGCCUCACUUUGUCCUGUGCUGUUACUUGUGUAGAUUUCAUCAAAAAACAAAAAAACUUGCACAUUACCCAAGUUGUUGGUUCUAUUUUAAUUAGCACAGAAUUUUGUUUUAUAACACUUCAUUACAUCAUACUUGGCUUGGAUGAGCAAUUGCCUUUAGUAUUUGAACUCUGCUGCAAUGAUUCAAGUUAUUUCAGAAGCCAAUACAAAUAGAGGUAUUGUUAUGUCAUUGUCUCAUUUCACACUGUUCAUAUGCUUUUGAUAUGGUAUAGAAUUUUACUGAAACUGUAAAUUAGUUUUUUUCUUUUUUUUUUUUUUAAACAUAACUUUCCCUUUGCUUGAUUAAUUAUUAAUGGUAUGUAUUUUCUUGUGUUCACUAGGACAAACUGUUUUAUUUCCAUUAUAAUUUGUGUAUUUAACUUGCCUUGGUAAUCACGUGUGUAUUGGUUCUUUUCAUUCAAUCCAUUUUUCAUUGGAUUUCUAUUAAGCAUUGUUAUGAUUAUUUGGUUUUUAAAUGUAUAUUACAAAGUAAAAUUUAUAUGUAAAACUA